GAGGUUCUUCUUCAUAGUCAUCAAAGGCAUCCUAACAUUGUCCAGUUAAUUGGUGUCUAUUAUCCUCCUCGUUCACAAUUACCAAUGUUAGUAAUGGAGUAUCUUCCUUUAUCACUCACACAAUGUCUGGAGAGAGAAGAGCUAUCACUUCAAAUGAAGUAUUCUAUUCUUCUUGAUGUUGCUAAAGGUUUGUGUUAUCUUCAUGGUAAACGUCCUCCUAUUGUACAUCGUGACCUCACUGCUAAUAAUGUGUUACUGACCUCUUCAUACUCAGCUAAGAUAUCAGAUUUAGGAGUAUCAAGAUUAGCCGAUACCUUUAAAAAGGAUCACCUCACUACAGCACCUGGUAAUGCUAGUGUAAUGCCACCAGAAGCUCUUGAAGAUAAUCCGGUAUAUGAUCACAAGUUAGAUGUAUUCUCUUAUGGUUGUCUCAUUCUUCAUGUACUUACUGGUCAAUUGCCUAAACCUACUAAAGAAUAUGCACCUGAACCUGGUAAGAAAAAAUCCUUCAAGAAAGUACCAGAAUGGGAAAGAAGAUCAAACUACAUUAAAAAUAUACCAAAAGAGAAUGAGCUACUUUUUUUAGCUAAGCGUUGUCUCAGUGAUAUUCCUACUGGUAGACCAGAAAUAGUUGAUUCAUGUCAUUUUGUGGAGCAAGUUCUUUCAAAAUAUCCAAAAAUGCAAAAUGUAAUGCAAUUGAUUAAAGAGAAAGAAGCAGCAGAAAAACAUAUUUGUGAAUUAAAUGCAGAAAAUGAAGCAUUGAGAGCUGAGAAAGUAGAAAUUGAGAAGCAACUGAGAGCAGAUUGUGAACGGCUGACAGCAAAAGUGGCAGGCUUACAGAAUACUCUUUCUUCAAAAGAAAAUGAAUUCAAUUAUUGCACUCAAGUACUAAAAGAAAUCAUUAGAAGUAGAGAUGAACAGCUAGUUAAGCUACAAGAAGACAAUGUGGAACUACUGAAGAAAAGAGAAGCUGAUUUAAAGGAAGAGCAUUUGACAGAGCUUGCUGCAAUGGAGGAGUAUGAAGCAAAGCUUUUGGCUGCAACAACAGAACACAAACAGCAACUUUGUGAAUCUCACAGAGAAAGUGAGGUGAAAGUAUCAGAAGUAUUAAAGGAGCCUGUGAAGUCAAGUCAAGCACUCAAAGAUACAACAGCACAGCAGCAAUCCACCCCAAUGGCAAUAGACGGAAAAGAAGGACUUGUUGCUAGUAAUAUUGUUAAGAAGGUUGGCUUAGAGAGUGAAGAUUGGUUUUUCCCUACAUUAUCACGUGUUGAAGCUGAGGCUAUACUCAAGCAAGAGAAUAAAGAUGGAACUUUUGUUGUUAGAAAUUCCAGUCAAGAAAACUAUGCCAUAUCAGUAUUUAGUCAAAAUGGUAAUGUCUACCAUUAUCCCAUUAAAAAUGAUAAAGAGAAAAAAUACUUUGUAUCUGAGAAACAUCGUUUUCCAACAGUUAUAAAACUUAUUGAAUAUUACAAACUGAACGGAGGAGGUUUAGUUACCAGAUUAAAACGACUCCCUGCUUUGUUGGUCUCUAACCAACCAGUUCUCUCAUCUGCAUUUGAUUAUAAGUGGCAAAUUGAUAAAUCUGAGCUGUCAUUUGGUAAAGAACUAGGCAGUGGAGAGUUUAAAAGGGUAGUAGCAGGUCAAUGGCGUAAUAAAGUUGAUGUUGCUAUUAAAAUGAUAAAGGAAGAUGUAAUGAAUGAAGACGACUUCAUUGAAGAAGCAAUAUUGAUGCUGAAAUUCCAACAUGAUAAUUUAGUAAAGUUAUAUGGAGUGUGUAUCAGACAAGGACCUGUUUAUAUCAUCACUGAAUUAAUGGCUAAUGGUUGUCUACUGCAGUAUAUUCGUAAUAAUCAACAUUUAGUGAAAAAAACAGGCAUUAUACUUGACAUGGCUAUACAGAUUAGUGAUGGUAUGAAGUUUUUUGAACAAUCUGGUCUUAUACACAGAGAUUUGGCUGCUAGAAAUUGUCUGGUUGGUGAUAGGAAUAUUGUUAAAGUUGGUGGUUUUAGUUUAGCAAGAUUUGUUCCUGAUGAUGAGUACACAGCAUCUGUAGGUGCCAAGUAUGCUGUUAAGUGGUCACCACCAGAAGUCAUCACUCAUGCUAGAUUUAGCAGCAAAUCAGACAUUUGGUCAUAUGGUAUUUUGUUGUGGGAGUUGUGGAGUGGUGGUAAAACUCCUUACCCAGCCUUUACUAAUCCUCAAGCGUUAGAUGAAGUUUCAAAAGGAUAUCGAUUAGAAAAACCUAAAUUAUGUCCUUCUAAAGUUUAUGAUUUAAUGAAAAGGAGUUGGCAGAAGAAUCCUUCUGAUCGGCCAUCAUUUGCUGUCCUCCUUGAUUCUCUCAAAGCCAUGGUAGGAGGUGACUACAGUGAUCCAGUAGAUUAAUUGUGCACCUUUCUAUUUUAUAUGUGCAUACAUUUAUUUCAUCUUUUUCCAUUAUCUCUUGUCUAUGAAGUAUUAUUUAAUUGCAGUGUCUUGAAUUUAUGUUGCUUAUAAUUUGUUCUUUUAGUUUUUAGAAUUAACUAGAUUUCUGUAUUUUUGCCUAUUUUUAAAAAUUAAGAUAAGAAUUAUUUGUAAUC